UUUCAUACACGCGUCGGGAGAUGACAAGGAGCGCCGCCCGGUAAUUACCAUGAUUAUUUAAUCAUGUCUAAUUCGGGGGUUAUACAUCAGCAGAGAUGAUAAGGAUUGUGAAUAAGCGAAAGUGCUAUCGAUAGCAGUGGUAGCACCAAUUGCCACGUGAACUUUUCUAUGUUAAUCUCUUUUUUUUCUUUUUAUUUCUCCAAUAUAUUCUUUUGUGUGUUGUUAUAACAGUAUUGUACGUGACAAGUACGCGGCUCGUCUGGAAUCGAUCGAAAAAGCCGCAUAUUUGUUCGAGCGGAAGUGAUAGUGAUCAUCAAUUGUGUCAGAAAUUCCGACGUACCACGCCUGAUGAAGAAAUGCGAUCUUGAAUUUGUGAUUUCCGAUCAGCUUUCACGAGGUGGGUGUGUGGAUUUGACAUUCGGAGGGUUAGACCGGGGAUGGGGAGGGGGAGGGGUGACGUACGAAGAAUAUAUCGUUCGUUGAAUGUGCGGUCGAAUGACGAGAUUAUCACCACGUAACAAGAUAUCGGAAGUAAAAGAGGACGGAAGUAAAGGAAGGUGUUAGAAGAGGUAGGAACAAGAAGAGGGAGCGAGAAGCAAGGUGGAGCAAGAUGGCGAGCUCCUUAACAUGGUCGUGUUGUCUACGCUUUAAAUUCAGCCCGGAGGAAAUCGAACAACGUUACAAAAGUCAGGAAAUCGACCGAAUGUUGGAAAAGGACCGGCAAACAUUUCGCCGACAGGUGAAAUUGCUAUUGCUCGGCGCAGGCGAGAGCGGCAAGUCAACAUUCCUCAAACAGAUGCGAAUCAUUCAUGGGAUUAAAUUCGAGCCUGAAUUAAUUAAGGAAUAUCAACAUGUAAUCUACCAGAAUAUCAUCAAAGGAAUGAAGGUUUUAGUGGAUGCUAGGGAUAAGCUAAAUAUUCCCUGGGAGAAUCCUAAAAAUUAUGAUAUUGGCUUUCAAUUACUCAAGUUUGAAAACACCAUGGUGUUAGACACCAGGUUAUUUUUGCAUUAUGUACCAGCACUGCAAAAUUUAUGGAAAGAUGCAUCGAUUAAAAAAGCAUUUGAUAGAAGAAGAGAAUUUCAAUUAAGUGAUUCUGUUCAAUAUUUCUUGGAUAAUCUUGACAGGAUAGCAAGAGUGGAAUAUACACCUACACAUCAAGAUAUCUUACAUUGUAGAAAGGCAACAAAAGGAAUUUCUGAGUUUGUAAUACCAAUUAACAAUAUCCCUUUUCUUUUUGUUGACGUUGGUGGCCAAAGAUCUCAAAGGCAAAAAUGGUAUCAAUGUUUUGAUUGUGUAACAUCUAUAUUAUUUCUUGUAUCGUCGUCGGAGUUUGAUCAAGUUUUAUUAGAAGAUAGGAGAACUAACAGAUUGGAAGAAUCCAGAAAUAUAUUUGAUACCAUUGUAAACAAUAGGAUAUUCUGUGGUGUCUCUAUUAUUUUGUUUUUAAACAAAACAGAUCUGCUCGAUAAGAAAGUAAAGUCACAAGAUACAAACGUGUGUUUGUACUUUCCACAAUUUACGGGUGAUCCACAUUCCAUAAAAGACGUGCAAAAUUUUAUACUCGAUAUGUUUGUCUCCGUCAAGAGAGAUCCAAGAAAACCGUUGUUUCAUCACUUUACUACUGCGGUAGAUACAGAGAAUAUUAAAGUUGUUUUUAAUGCUGUAAAGGAUACUAUUCUGCACCGAAAUUUAGAAUCACUUAUGCUUCAAUAAUGGACAUAGAGGCGAAAGAGAAUCAUAUAGAUAAAACAGCUAGAAAAAUAUAAGAGAUACGCAAUGAAAAUUAAUAUUUAAUAUUUAAUAUUACUAUUUUAAUCAGUAAUUUUUGAAGAAUAUUGCAAGACGAAUUAGAUUGAAACAUUUUGAUAAGACAAUACAUAUAUAUAUUUAUAAAUAAGAAAGAGAAAAAACUGCCUAAUAUACAACUAUAUUGAAAAUUUUGACUUUUGUAUACACACUUUACAUAAUAUACACAUAUAUUCAUAUAAAAUACACAUGUCUGUAUGCGCGCAUGUCUACAUGCAUACAGAGAAACAAAGAUAUAUUUUCAUUGUGCUUUUAACAAAUAUUGAAUGGUUGUAAAAAAAGAUGUGUUAUACAAACUCUAUUGUAUAUAACUAUUUGUAUAUUUUCUAUGUUAAUACGUUUUAUGAUAAUGGUUUGAAUAUAUUUAUAUAGAAAGAAGAAAGAUUUGUUGCACGUAAUUCAAUUUAGAUUCGUAUAUUUGUACAAAUAUAUAUACAUAUAUUUAUAAUUCAAUACUUUUUCAAAUAUAUGUAUGUAUAUG